AUGGCGCGCAUUGUGGCCGGUUGUGUCUCGAAUUUAAUCAUAUUAAUCGUACUACGAGUCGAUCACACAUUUACAUUAGAGCAAAGGGCACCAGAUAUAGACGUGAACUUCGAACUAAUAAACCCUAAAGGAAUACGAAUAUGGAUUCCAGAUAUGGGCACUUCAGAAAUAACUCAAUUCAAAUUUAACGGCAAUAUUAAUAGAACCAUAAGCAUUGUUAGCAUUGGCAAAAUUAGGGCUGAUGUUACGAAACCAACAGAUGGACGAUGGAUAUUUGAGGACAAUGAUGUUGAGGUGAAGGCAGGUGAUGUCAUAUUUUAUAACUUCGUGGCAGCAGUGGAUGGCAUUGAAUAUGUAUAUGACGACUUGAACAAGACUUUGAAUGGUUCGAAUUUCGAUCCCAGUUGUUCGCAAUCAGCGACGGUGAUCCGCGGCAGUACCGCUACAAUUUGCUCAGGAGAGACAAUUUUCGAGGAAAACUUUGACAUUUUAAACCAAAGUGUGUGGCAGAUUGAACAGUAUAUACCAGUUGAUGAUCCUGAAUACCCCUUCGUGUCGUACCAGCGGUUCCCAUCAAAACGGACGGUAACAUUAAUAAAUGGCAACCUCCGAAUUGCACCGAACCUGCAACAACAUCAAGACGGUUUUACCAACAAGUCUCUUUUUACAACCAACUUGAAUUUGAUAGAUCGGUGUACAGCACCAGUGUGCUCGAAAGAACCUUCUGGAGCUGACAUCCUACCGCCGGUAGUGUCCGGUCGUAUAACCAGCAAAGGUUUCGUGUUCAAGUACGGGACUGUUCAUGUUAGGGCUAAACUACCACAAGGGGACUGGCUCUAUCCAGAAAUCUUGCUAGAACCAGUUCUGAAGAAAUACGGUAAUUCAAACUUCGCGUCUGGUGUUCUAAAGAUUGCUACCGCUCGUGGAAAUAAAGAGCUUAAUUCUGGACUUCUUGACUACGGAAAUAAGGUGCUAUAUGGAGGCCCUAUAAUGGACUUCGAUUGCCGAAAGGAGCUGUUGAAGACGCAUCAAUUAAAAAACAGCCGGCAGUGGGGAGAUGAUUUUCACGAAUAUAGCCUUCGCUGGUCUCCAGAUGGUAUAGUUUGGUCAGUGGAUGGAGUAGAAUGGGCGAGAAUAGAACCAGGAACAAGAGGUCUAGUUAACAGUUUGCCGCGGUCAUGCCAACACUUGCAGCGGUCGCAGUUGGAAGCAGGAACACUUAUGGCUCCGUUUGAUGAUCUGUUCCACAUAACCUUGGGUGUAUCAGCUGGCGGUAUAUCGGAGUUCGACGAUAACCUGACAUCCAAGGGUGGCUGGCCAAAGCCCUGGAAGAACGGAGCAAGGAAGGCCAUGUUGAACUUCUGGAAGGAUCUAGACUCUUGGUACCCAACGUGGAACCAGUCAGGAAUGUUGGUUGACUAUGUGAAAGUGAUAGCCUUAUAAGAUACA